GUGAUCAUGGUGACCGGGGACCACCCCAUCACGGCCAAGGCCAUCGCCAAAGGUGUCGGGAUCAUCUCCGAGGGCAACGAGACCGUGGAGGACAUCGCGGCCCGGCUCAACAUCCCCGUCAGCCAGGUGAACCCCAGGGAGGCCAAGGCGUGCGUGGUGCACGGCUCGGACCUGAAGGACAUGAGCUCGGAGCAGCUGGAUGAGAUCCUGCGCAACCACACCGAGAUCGUCUUCGCCCGCACGUCCCCCCAGCAGAAACUGAUCAUCGUCGAGGGGUGCCAGAGACAGGUGACACCGCCCUGGCCCUGUCACCCGUGUCACCCGUGUCACCCGUGUCACCCGUGUCACCUGUGUCACCUGUGUUGCCUGUCUCCAUAUCCCCUCAUCCCAAUAUCCCUUCUCCUUUGUCCUGUUUCCUGUCACCUGUCCUUUGUCACCUGUCCCCUGUCAUCCCUGUCCCUUGCUGCUCCCAGUCCCAUGUCCCACAGUGUCCCCAAACCCACAACCCCUGGUAUUGCCAUCCUCAUGUCCCACGGUGUUCCCAAACCCAUGUCCUCUGGGAUUGCCACACCCCACAGUGUCGCAGACCAUGUCCCUGUCCCUUUGCCCUGUGAUGUCCCCCCUGGUGCCCAGUGUCCCCCA